AUGUUGAAUAGAUUAUUGUUUGUGAAUGCGAUACUUUUCGUUUCAUUUAUUGGUGUAUUUUUUGGUAUUGGUUAUCCAGAAAUCCAAAGAAACAAUUUUUCAAGAACAAGCUGUGACAUUAUCGGAAAAUGGAAUAUCCCAAUUUAUUGUUGUUAUAAAAAAUGUGACAGAGACAGAUGUAUAAACGCACCUUCAAAUGUUACAAGUUGUGAUUCUUUAAAGAAUAAAUGGAAUUCUAUUGAUCCUUUAACUUGCGGUAAUCAAUGUCCUUCUCUCGAUGAUACUUCGAUAUGUGGAGACGGGUACGAAUGUUGUGUAGAAACCCCUAGACAGAUAUGUCCAAAAUCAGGAUCAUCAUGUUAUACACGUUAUGAAUGUACAUCAUGGGUUUCAGAUCUUAGGUGUCAGAUCACAUGCCAAUUUUGUUAUAAUAUGAUCAUUGAAGUUAAAUACAAUACACCUCAAGGUCUUAAGAUUUCUAAUAAUACAAAAUUUUUUGAUAGUGAUCAAGAUGAUGAUAUUAUAAAUAAUUAUAUGAAUAAGUUUUUACUUACGACAUCAGUUGAAUGUUUUUAUGAUCCGAAUAAUAUUUAA